UGGGGAGCGGGUGGCGGAGGCGGCAGCGAGCGGAGCCGGGAGUGCCGUGGAAAGCUUUGGACACUUUUCCACCAUGCUGAUGGCAUUUUAAAUGUAUUUGUCAGCUUUCUCAAAUUUUAACUGAAGAAAACCUUGAGAGUUUAGAUUUGAGGACUAAAGUGUGACUGCCAGUUAUCAGGAUUUCAGGAUGAAUCUGGAAAAACUCAGCAAGCCUGAACUCCUAACAUUAUUCAGUAUUCUUGAGGGAGAGCUUGAAGCAAGAGACCUUGUUAUAGAAGCUUUAAAGGCCCAACACAGAGAUACUUUCAUUGAAGAACGCUAUGGAAAAUAUAACAUCAGUGAUCCUUUAAUGGCUCUACAGAGAGAUUUUGAAACACUAAAGGAGAAAACUGAUGGCGAAAAGCAGCCAGUCUGCACAAACCCACUCUCUAUUCUUAAGGUGGUGAUGAAGCAGUGCAAGAACAUGCAGGAGCGCAUGCUGUCCCAGCUGGCUGCUGCUGAGAGCAGGCACCGCAAGGUGAUCCUCGACCUCGAGGAAGAAAGACAAAGGCAUGCACAGGACACAGCUGAAGGAGAUGAUGUCACCUACAUGCUGGAGAAGGAGAGAGAGAGGUUGACUCAACAGUUGGAAUUUGAAAAGUCCCAAGUGAAAAAGUUUGAAAAAGAGCAAAAGAAGCUCUCUAGUCAGCUGGAAGAGGAGCGCUCUCGCCAUAAGCAACUCUCCUCCAUGCUCAUGCUUGAAUGCAAGAAAGCCACCAGCAAGGCAGCCGAAGAGGGACAGAAGGCAGGAGAGCUGAGCCUGAAGUUGGAGAAGGAGAAGAGCCGAGUGAGCAAACUGGAGGAAGAGUUGGCAGCUGAGAGGAAACGAGGCUUGCAGACUGAGGCCCAGGUGGAGAAGCAGCUGUCAGAGUUUGACAUUGAAAGGGAACAACUGAGAGCAAAACUGAACCGAGAAGAGAACCGGACCAAAACUCUGAAAGAAGAGAUGGAAAGUUUGAAGAAGGUAGUGAAGGACCUAGAGGCUUCCCACCAGCACAGUAUCUCUAAUGAGCAAUUGAAGAAACCAGUAACUAUGUCCAAAGGCACAGCAACUGAGCCUCCUAUGCUAGUGUCUGUAUUUUGCCAAACAGAGAAUUUUCAGGGAGAAAGAACCCAUGGGAGCAACAUAGCCAAGGUGACAAACACUGCGUUGCCUGGUCCCACCACUUCUAAUUUCUCUUACGCAAAAACCAAUGGCCAUUGUGACCUAGAGAUACAAACUACCAGGGAGCUGAUAGCAGGCAACAGUAUAGAAAACCAAGUGCCUCCACAAGAGAAAUCUGUGGCCUUGGCCCAAGAGAAACCAGUGGAAAAUGGUGGGUGUCCUGUGGGAAUUGAGAUUGCAGUCCCAAUGCCCAGUCACCUCCCUUCCAGUGGGAGCUCACUGUCUCCCAGCAGCACUGCCUCCUCCUCUCUCACAUCCUCUCCUUGCUCUUCACCAGUACUAACUAAGCGUUUAUUGGGGUCAUCAGCUAGCAGCCCUGGCUACCAAUCAUCCUACCAAGUAGGGAUCAACCAGAGGUUCCAUGCAGCUCGGCACAAAUUUCAGUCCCAAGCAGAUCAGGACCAACAAGCCAGCGGUCUGCAGAGCCCUCCAUCCAGGGAUCUGUCCCCCACCCUCAUAGACAACUCUGCCGCCAAGCAGCUGGCCCGAAACACAGUCACUCAGGUGCUCUCCAGAUUCACUAGCCAACAAGGGCCAAUCAAGCCCGUUUCUCCCAACAGCUCUCCCUUUGGUACAGACUAUCGAAAUCUGGUUAACAGUGCCAAUCCAAGAGGUGACACCAGCCAUUCACCUACUCCAGGGAAAGUGUCCAGUCCUCUGAGCCCCCUGUCUCCAGGAAUCAAGUCCCCUACUAUCCCCAGAGCUGAGAGAGGAAACCCUCCACCUAUCCCACCCAAAAAACCUGGCCUUACCCCUUCUCCAUCUGCUACCACUCCACUGACCAAAACUCAUUCCCAGGCCACCUCUUUGACCACUACAGACGACCUUGCCAGCAGCUACUCUUCCAAUGCUGUCGUAACCAAUGGCAAGGAUGUUGAGAUACUUUUGCCUACCAGCAGCUAGUCCCUAGGCAGGAGUCUCCACAUUUGACAUUCCAUCAGAUUUUGUCCAGGAGCUGAGUCAGACCAUUGAGUCAGAUUAUGUUAUUUAUUUUGAUAGCAGCUGAAACCAUCUGUAUAAUACAUUUAGUGUAUUUCACCUUUUUGUAUUUUUUUAAGUAGAAACUGAGUAGUUUGAAUUUUUAUGGCUUACAUCUUUGUACUGAAGCUAGAAGGGCACCUCUAUGAUGUUUCAAGCUCAGCAGUCACCGUCGUGAUGGAGAAAGCUAAUUGGGUAUUAGUGGUGAUUUGCUGUCUAUUUUGGGACUAGAACCACUCAACCCUCAUUUUGAAUUACGCAGAAGUGGUUCAUGCAGAUUUUUAUUCCAGAUGAACAUAUUUUAAAAGUGCCUGAAAUAAGACUGCCAUAUGAAUGUGAUUCUGCAGUGAAAACACAAAACGGAUCAUUUAAUUGCAGAAAAUGAGAUCCUCUGUGAAUUCUGAAUAUUUAAAAACAACACUGCUUUUAAUCCUCCUUUAGCUUUGUGUUCUGAAACCAGGCUGCAUAAGUAGAAUGGGAAUCCUUCUAAAGGUGGGUGUGAACUCACCACAGAGCUGAGCUUUAUAGAGCCCCUGAGAAAUUCUCCUGAGCACUAAGCAGUGAGGGUGCUGAUUUUCUUGUACUUUUAAAAAAUUAAGUCACUCCCAGUUUCCUGCUUAAGUUCUUGAAUAGAAUGAAAUCACGUCUCCAUUCAAAAAAAUGUCUUCAAGCAUCUACUGUUGUGUAAGGAACUUCUGAUUCUGAUUGCUAUUAUUUGAAUAGGAAAUGGUUACUCAUUCUGUAUAAAAGUUCUUCAACAGAAUGAAAUCUUUAUUCUGUAAUCAAAAAGCAAUAACUUAAAACUCACUCUCUUUGUAAUAUAAGUCAGAAUUAUACAGGUUUUACCAAAUUGUUACAUUUAUUCUCCAAGCUGCCAGCACUUGGUGUCUGUAUCUGUGGAACCAAACUGAUUUUUGCCUAAAUGGAAGUACAUAUGUAUCUGUAUAGAUAACAUACCCUUUUACGUGUUUAACAUGCACACACUUAAACACAUAAAUAUUAGUGUGAUUAUAUCUUUGAAGUUUGCAAUAUAGCAUAAAGGACAAGUAGAAUUGCACGUUAAGAUUACCUACCAAAGCAACUAGAUGUGGCUGGGACCCAAUCAGUUAAAAGAGGAAUCUUGUCUACAGGGAGAUGGGGAAAUCCUACAUGAAGCUCAGGUCUUUACCAUUAUAAAAAGGCAGAGCUAAACUAACCCCAAUGUUAUAAAACUCAACUGGUCAUAUAAAUGAGUGAAACAGGUCUUCACUCAGGUGGCAUAAAACAGUGGGAGCUGUAGCAAAUUGAAAUGCGCAAGCCCCAUUUAAAAGGGCCACCCCAUUCAGCUCCAGCUACUUGAUGCUAUGCAAGAAUGCCAAACCAGGGUUACAAGCUCUUUAAAUGUUUAGGAAAUCCAAAUUUUCAUGAGAAACAUUCCCAUUUUUAAAUAUCAAGAACUGAUUGAAAAAAAUUGUAAACAUUGCUGGUUAAAACAAAUACUUCUACAGCUGGAGUUAGCUUGCAAGCUGCCAAGUUGUAACCUCUUUAAUUCUAGAAACUUCUGUCAUUUUCAGCAUAGCGAGUUUCUGUGGACAGAAGCCUCCACACUUUACAACUGUAUCGGCUAGUACAGCUGACAAAGUCCAUAGAAUAUAAUGACUAUCCCCCUCUUCCAAACAGGACUGUCUGCAACCCUGCUUGGUUAUAUAAUUUUGUGUCCACAGGGAGAGAGAGGCCUUGGUGUCCUCAUAUGUUCUUCUAACCAACAUCUGUCCAGCAGCCCCUGAUCUCCUACUAUAAUUUAUAUGUUUCCUCUUAAUCCAAUAUGAGUUGAUGGGGGAGAAGCAGGUAAUGGAAAACAUAUAAAUCACAGUGGAGUAUACCAGCACCUCCACAGCUUGUGGUUUGAUUAAGGCAAAUGCAUCAAAAAUAAAAUGCUACUAAUGCACCAGGAUAUCUACCAAAAUGAUGUAGGGGGUAUCUUAAAACAUCCAAAGCAAUCAUGCAUUGAACUUUACUCCCAUGCAUAGCUAAAGUGAACAGUGUUGAUAAAAUAGCUGAACUUUAUAAACAGGAGGGGGGGCUACAGUGCCAGAGUAUUAUUACCUCUCUUGCUUUAAAUGGUAGUCUUAAAAGUUGCAUUGUGCUCUUCCUUUGUUUUGGAAUAGAUAAAUUAUAGAGAGAAAGAUACUGUAAGGAAGUUUAUUUCUUAGGAGGUGCACUGAAUAAUGUAUUUCUUUUACAGUGUAAUAUGGGGAUGGGGAUAUGCAAAAAAAAAUGUGUAUUUUUGCAAGUUGCCUAUCUUCUGACAUAAAUAAGCACAAUCCUGAUACUAUAGAUUAGUAUUUAAGUUUACUGUAGAUUAUGUGUGUGUGCUAAGUAAAAGUUCCAUGAUUCACAAUUUUGGUAUUAACCCAUAUUGCAAAAGCUGUGUUACUGUUCAGCCGUUUAUAAUGAUGUGCAGCAUAUAACACAAGUAUUAACUGGUCAUUAACAUUUGCAAAGCCAGAUGUACCAUGCAGAAAUCUUCGUUCAUUUUUAUAGCAGACUACAUUAAAACAAGUUAAAUUUUA